AUGGCCGCCAACAAACCUCUCGACGACGGCCAUGUGUCGGCAGGGGUCGUGGGAGGAGAGGCGAACUCGAUCAACCGUGUCGACACCGCGAACGACGACGCAGACUUCCAGAAGAUGCCCAAGAUGGACAAGGUGGACGAGUUCGGAGCACACGCCAAGACGGACCCAAAGGAGAUUGCACUCGUGAAGAAGCUCGACGCCUACAUCAUCCCCAUCCUGUGGCUCAUGUACCUGUUCAACUUUCUGGACAGAAACGCCAUCAUCAACGCCAGGCUGAAUGGCCUAGAAAAGGACCUCGGCUUGGUCGGAACCCAGUACAACACUUGUGUGUCCAUCUUGUUUGUAGGGUAUAUCUGUGGCCAGAUCCCAUCCAACAUGAUUCUCAGCAGGGUGCGGCCGUCCUGGUACAUGGCUGGGUUCUGUAUGGCCUGGUCGGUGGUCAGUCUCUUGACGUUCAAGGUCAAUAGCUACAGCGGAAUGAUUGCCUGUCGUUUCUUCUUGGGUAUCACCGAAGCUCCUUUCUACCCCGGCGCGCUCUACAUCAUCAGCAUGUUCUACACCAGAAAAGAGGUCGCGACGCGGAUGUCCCUCUUUUACACGGGGAACAUGCUGGCGAGCUCGUUCUCGGGGCUCAUCGCAGCAGGCAUCUUCGCCGGGCUUGACGGGUCCAUGGGCCUCGCGGGCUGGCAGUGGCUGUUCAUCAUCCAAGGCGCCGUGUCCAUCGGCGUCGCCGUCGCCGCGCUGUUCCUCCUCCCGGACCACCCGCUCACAACACGCUGGCUGACGCCCGAGCAGAGGCAGCUCGCCCACAACCGCAUCUACAUCGACACCACCGGCCGCCGCGAAGGGACGAGCGUGUGGACAGGCCUGCGCGACGCGUGCGUCGACUGGCGCACCUGGGCCUUCUGCCUCAUGUACCACCUCCACCUCGCGGCCAACGGCUUCCAGAACUUCCUCCCGACCGUCAUGCAGACCCUGGGCUACAGCACGACCGUCACCCUGGCGCUGACGUGCCCGCCGUACAUCCUCGCCGCGGCGGUCGGCAUCCUGGUCUCGUGGACGUCCGGCCGCUACAACGAGCGGACGUGGCACAUCACCAUCCUGAAGUCCAUCGUCAUCGGCGGCUUCGUCGUCGCCGUGGCCACGCUCAACAUCGCGGCGCGCCUGGUCGGCAUCGUCUUCUUCGUGGGCGCCACGUUCGGGAUCAACAACCUGAUCCUCGGCUGGGCCUCCAGCACCCUCGGCCAGACGGACGAGAAGAAGGCCGUCUCCAUCGCCAUGUGCAACACCCUGGGCAGUAUCGCCAGCAUCUACACGCCGUAUCUCUGGCCCAGCUCGGGUUCGCCGCGUUAUCUCACGGCGUGGAUCGCCAGCAUUGCCUUCUCGGUGGGGGUGAUUGUGAUUGCUUGGUGGUUGCGGAUUUCCCUGCAGCGGAAGAACAAGAAGACGAGAGAGCAGCACCCAGAGGAAACGAACUUUUAUGUGUAUUAA